AUGGGGGACCCCAAAGCUUCCCCGAAAGGCCUCCACGAUCAGCUCCGCGUGGAGUUCAUAGGGGACUCCAUCACCGCUGGCUGGGUGGUUCUCAACAGCCCGGGGUCUUACAUCAACCAGAACCAGUCUGGGGAGGACAUCUUCCAAACCUGGGAUCGGCGCCUGGCGGACGCCUGGGGCACCGCGGAUUGGCGGGCGGUGGCGCGCACCGGCAUUGCAAUCUUUCCCUACCAGGCGUACGGCCUGCAGUUCUACGGCAUCCGAGAUCGGUUCCUUUGCUCGGAGUACAGCUUCUCGCAGUGCUGCCGCUUGCCCUGGGACUUCGGCCGGUGGCAGGCGGAUGUGGUAGUGAUCAACGUGGGAACCAAUGACUACAUUCCCAUCAACCCCCUGAAGCCCGAAGCCAGAAACUUCCAAGCCGGCUACGAACAGCUCCUGGCAGCCGUCCGAGCCAAGUAUCCAGGGGCGCUGAUCUUUUGCCUGAUGCCCUUGGCCUACACCUGCGACGCGGACUCCAGGUACGACGCCCUGUACCAGGGGUUGACGGAGGCUGUGCGGGGUGCCCAGGAUGAGAUGAUCCAGCUGCACACCACGGGAACCCGUGAGGCCCCCUGGCUGAAUUGCAUCACCGACUACGUGGACAGAAUCCAUCCGACCGUUGCGGGCGGGAGGAAGUUCGCGGAGAGGUUGCUUCCAGUUCUCACUCCCGAUGUGCGCCGCUUCUUUCCGCAGAAGUGCGGGGGCUCGGGCCCCCGAUGUGAGCAAGAUUUGGCCACCCCCAGCCCCACGAGGCAGACUUCAAGUGAGACCACUACUGCUGCCAGCGAGACCAGUGCUGCUGCCACGACUGCUUCCAGCGAGACCACCACUGCUGCCACAACAGGUCGGCCUUCGAGCAGUGCGCCAGCUGGUGGCGCGGAGUGCUGCUAUCCGGACUGCGCCGACGCGCAGAAGGUCUGCAACACGGAGAGUGAGAGCCCUUUCUGCACGAGUUCGCCUGCCAACUGCCGGCAAUGCGGCGGGGAACUCUGUUCAGGCCAGGGAAGUCAGACGACUGCCUCUCCCACCGUGCCGACGACAGCCGUGCCGACGACAGCAGUGCCGACGACAGUCCCAUCGACAAGCGCAGCGGGCACCACCACACGCCCCGGAUCUACCAGCACACCUGCGGGCGGGGCGGAGUGCUGCUAUCCAGACUGUGCGGACUCGCAGAAGGUUUGCAACACGGAGAGAGACAGUCCGUUCUGCACGAGCUCGGCUGCAAACUGCCGGCAAUGUGGGGGGGAGCUCUGCUUAACACGAGCCAUUUUCCCUUAA